AUGCACAGUCCCGGGACAACCAAAUUGCGACUAGCCAUGGUCGACCACGGGCCCUGCAUUGUACGACCUCUCGAACCCGAAGACUUCAUCUUCAUUGACGGCCAUGACAGCAGUGUCAGCGACCCAGACGGCCAAGUCUUUUCCAGCUUUGUACAGAUAACCUGCAUCGUGGGAGACUUGACACAAAAGUGUCUUAGAGGUGAUCUCACUCACAAGAAAAGACUUGACUUGGAGACCGCGCUCCUACGUUGGCUCGAUGAUCUCCCUGCAGAAUUCCACCUCCACGAUCGGACAAACGGCAGGCUGAACUCCUACUCCUUUCGCAGCAGACAACUCCACGUUCCUUACUUCGUCGCACUCAUCAUACUCUCUCGACAAAGAUCCCCAGAGAAAUGUCCUCCGCCCGUGGCUUUGCUUGCUGCAAGCUUCAUCAUCGGCAUUUUCGAGGAGUACCUCGACUGGGGCGACAUUGCGGUGGUAUCACCAGCCUCGAUAUUCUAUCUCAUGGUCGCCUCUCUCGUCCAAGCAUCAGCUUACCGCUUUGCGGCCUUUGCCAGGCACCGAGAGAAAGAGUUUGACAUUACAAGACAAGCCGUAGAUGCGCUGAAGACACGGUUCCCAACUGCGAUUGGAGCCGAGCGAGUCAUCCAAUACGUCAGUGCGUUCACCGUACAAGUACCUUCCGAUGCGACCAGCAGCGAGACCAUCUCGAUGCGGGAGCGCAAAUUCUUCUCCGUCUUCGGCCCGGAGCUCUGUUGCCAAUGGGAAGAGGUCAUGAACCCUCCCCCAGAGCCUCCAAGGCGGACAGCCAGAAGCAACAACCCUCUGUCGCAGGGUUCGCAACAGCAAGCUGCCAGACACGAGGCAGAUUUCGGGCAGCACGCGUCUCAGAACAUGCCAGGAAGCGGCGAGCCCGAUACUGCGGCUGCGUUCGAGCCGGGACCUUGGAAUAUGGACCCACUGUUGCAAUUCAACGGAGCUGGACCCCAGCUUUUCAAUGGGAUGGGACAGUGGUGGUGGUCUGACAUGGUAUCAGGCCAUCUUCCAGCGGACUUUUGA